AAUUGGAGUUAUCCCCCUCCCAACAAACAAUGCUCCAUUAGCUCAGCCAUAUUCUAAUCUUCCCAGCACCAGCAGAUCUUUUUUUCCUGCAAGUAUUGGGUGAUGGAUUCAUGUGACUAUGUUGAGGUCCUACCCCCCGCAGAUGAGCUGUUGGUGAAAUACCAAUACAUCUCAGAUUUCUUCAUAGCAUUUGCUUACUUCUCCAUCCCCUUAGAGCUUAUUUACUUUGUCCACAAAUCGGCCUGUUUCCCUUACAGAUGGGUUCUGAUGCAAUUUGGAGCCUUCAUUGUUCUCUGCGGAGCGACCCACUUGAUAAACCUCUGGACUUUCUCCACCCACUCCAAGACCGUCGCCAUAGUGAUGGCCAUUUCCAAAAUGUCAACUACUGUUGUCUCGUGCGCGACUGCUUUCAUGCUUGUCCACAUCAUUCCUGACCUGCUGAGUGUGAAAACAAGAGAGACGUUCUUGAAAACACGGGCAGAAGAGCUUGACCGGGAAAUGGGACUGAUAAUCAAACAAGAAGAGACUAGGAGGCAUGUUAGAAUGUUGACUCAUGAGAUUAGGAGUACUCUUGAUAGGCACACGAUAUUAAGAACUACCCUAGUUGAGCUUGGUAGGACUUUAGACUUGGCAGAAUGUGCUUUGUGGAUGCCGUCUCAAAGAGGCAUGGUUUUACAGCUUUCGCACACUCUUAAUAACCUUAUACCGGUUAGGUCUACAGUGCCGACAAAUCUUGGGAUUGUCUGUGAUAUUUUCAACAGCCCGGGAGCAAUGUUGAUUCCACAUUCUUUUGUGGCCGAUCAGGUUGUUGUGGCUCUUUCUCAUGCCGCGAUUUUGGAGGAGUCAAUGCGGGCCCACAAUCAGCUGAUGCAGCAGAAUAUUGCUUUGGACUUGGCCCGGCAGGAGGCAGAGAUGGCAAUCCACGCGCGCAACGACUUCUUAUCCGUGAUGAAUCAUGAGAUGAGAACGCCAAUGCACUCGGUCAUAUCUUUGUCUUCACUGCUUUUAGAGACAGACUUAAAUCCAGAACAAAGGAUUAUGAUGGAAACUGUACUCAAGUGUAGCAAUCUUCUAGCAACACUGAUUAAUGAUGUACUGGAUAUCUCCAGACUUGAAGAUGGCGGUCUUGAAUUGGAGACUAGAACAUUUAAUCUUCAUGCACUGCUCUUAGAGGUUGUGAAUAUGAUAAAGCCUAUUGCAGCAGUGAAGAAACUGUCAACGGCUUUAUCUUUAGCUCUUGAUGUUCCUAUCCAUGUUUCCGGAGAUGCCAAACGGCUGACACAAAUCUUGUUGAAUGUUGCUGGGAAUGCUGUUAAGUUCACAAGAGAAGGUCAAGUUUCAAUAGAGGCUUCUGCUGCCAAACCAGACUACAUAAGAGGUCGGCACUCUGAGUUUUAUCCUCCAUCUUGUGAGGGCUACUUUUAUCUACACGUGCAGGUAAGAGAUUCUGGGUGUGGUAUUAGCCCUCAAGAUAUACCGUUCGUUUUCACCAAAUUUACAAGCCUCGAAGCGCUUCAAACCGAAGUAACAGUGGGGCCGGUCUUGGACUCGCCAUAUGCAAAAGAUUUGUGCAACUGAUGGGGGGUCAUAUAUGGGUGGAAAGCGAGGGUGCAUGGAAGGGCACCACGGUAACAUUCAUAGUGAAACUCGGGACGUGCAUUUAUCCAAACACGCCUGCAAUUGUGGGCCCCACCCCACCACAAGGAGGAAGAGCAGCGAACCAAGGCAGCGACGAUGAUCUCUUCAAAUAUAGGCACUAUCCGAGA